ACGUAUGUCAAAGUCAAUGUCAAAAUCUCAGAGCAAUAUAUAAUCUACCAAUUCUCACUCAUAUUACCAAAAAAUCAAAUUAGUGCUAUACAUUUAUCUAUUUUCCGACCCAGCAAGGAAUAGAAAUAAGAAACAAAAAACUAUUUAGAAGAUAACAAUGUCUCGGUUAUUGGCGGCAGUAAUACAACCCUUGAAGUUGGGUCUACAAACUAUUGCUCCAGCAGCAAACACUACAUUGGUAAAACCGGACUCAUGUUUGUUAACUUCUAUAAGAACGAAAGUACGUUGCUAUUUCCCUAGGCCCAAUGAAGUAAGGCGAGUGCGGCGCCAUGGAUGGGAACAGAGAUUAUCGACUCCAACUGGUCGUAGAGUAAUUAUGCGAAGAAUCUUGAAAGGUCGAUUUGUAUUAACUCAUUAGUAGCCUAGUAACUAAAAUCUUAGAAGUAAUGUAUGUACUAUAGUUAAAUAAAAAGAAAUACAAUGA